AUCAACAUAGAGAAGAGGGAAUGGGGCAUCACUCCUGUUGCAACCAACAGAAGGUGAGGAGAGGGCUAUGGUCUCCUGAGGAAGACGAGAAGCUCAUCAGAUAUAUCACAGCCCAUGGCUAUUGUUGCUGGAGUGAGGUCCCCAUGAAAGCAGGGCUUCAAAGGUGUGGCAAGAGUUGCCGCUUAAGAUGGAUCAAUUACUUGAGACCCGGCAUAAGGCGAGGAAGGAUAACGCCGGAGGAGGAGAAGUUAAUCAUCAGCCUCCACGGGAUUGUUGGGAACAGAUGGGCUCACAUAGCAAGCCAUUUGCCUGGUCGAACAGACAACGAGAUCAAGAACUACUGGAACUCUUGGAUCAAGAAGAAGAUCCGCAAGCCUACGACACCCCAGCCUACCGCGUCCCCGAGAGUUGAGCUGGUCCACCCAUCUCUCAACUCCAUGAAUCAACUCGAUUCUACUGAUCUCCAUCGAGAUUUAACGUCCAAGUCAUCGCCGGAUCCCAUAUUUCCUUCUCCUUGGCCUCUUUUCAUGUUUGACGAUGGAGGCGUCAGUGGCAGACACUCAGCCAGCAGCUGCACGAGGGAGGAACCUCUUCAGGAAGCGACAUGUUCCGACAUGUACAACGUCCCUAACCACAAGCAAGACGAAGCAGAUAUGCCUUCCCUCUUCGACUUGGUGAACAGCAGCAUGACCUACAACAAUUUGCCGCCUUUGGUUGACGACAUGGAGAACACUGUCACUGAGGAGGAGGCACAGCCGUGUUGUCUGGGAGACAAUGGGGAGGUAAGCGGGGAAAGCUUUGAGAAGAAAGGGCUGGGUGAGUGGCUGGUGCCACAGCAAUAUUCUUGCUUGCUUUCUUGGGACGAUGUCCAGAGUCCCAUUGGAGAUGAAACUAUCAUCACAACUUCCUCUAGUAUGGCCACCAUGGAUACAACGUUCCCUUUCCCAUGGCAAUAAACACACGUCACACACACGAGGGAACAUUUUGUGGUUUGGAAUUGGAUGAUCCUUUGAUUUGUUUUGUUUGCUUGACAUUGUGGAUUAUAGUAAUAAUGAGCGAUGAUCACGCAAUAUGGAGAACAUUUGGAAGGAAGGAAUGGAAGAAAUGAAACGGGGUGGUGACCUCAAUCCUCGGGUGUUGUGGUUGUGAGAUUGUGAUGCUAACUUCUCACCUUCGUGUACUUCUUUCCUGACGGAGCGAUGGCGUCGUGUCGACUGCAGGCGUGAACAGAAGAAGCAUUUUGUCGACUGCCGGCCACCUCAUACUGCAUCCAUAAAUCCAUAUAUUCUUUCCCGCGUUACAAGUGACGCAACAGAUAUCCCUUUUGGCCUUCCGCCAGCUUUGCUCUGUUU